AUGGAUAGGGUUGGUGAUAGAGACGUGGGAUCAUUCCUAUUAUCUGCAUUUAGGACCAGGUAUCAGAAAAUCCUGGCAAAGGCACAUAACGCAUCAUUUACAGCAUAUUCAAAAUUGCUGUCGUACUUAACAAAAGAAGAAACCAAUCUGUAUGAGGCAGCUCAGUCGUCAAUGGCGGCCUAUAAGAAGUGGCGGAUAGGUGGCCCCCGAUUUGAGAGAGCUUCUGUACUUGGGAGGAAGAGGAAGGAAGCCAACUGA